AUGGCAUCCCUUCAGCACUUGCAAAUAUCUCAAUCCCGCCCUCAUCCUCUCACACAACUCUCCGUCACAGAAGCAAAUAUCGCUCGCGAUGUAAUUCUUCAAUUACACGACAAAUCUGUCCUUGAUUUCCGCACAAUAUCACUUGAAGAGCCGCCGAAAGCUCAGUUACAACCGUUCCUCGACGCCGAGGCCGCAGGAAGUCUUGCAGCCAACCUUGCGAGGCCUGAUCGCCUGGCUCGUGUAGCUUACGAUGUCGUGAGCGAGAACAAACUCUUUCAAUUCUACGAGUCUCUCGUUGAUGUGAGCACUGGAAAGCUAGUUGGACAGGAAUUGAUUGACCCAAAGCAUCAAGCACCCCUGACACUAGGCGAAUUCGACCAUCUCGUAAAGGUGGUAUGGAGAUCCCCCCUCUUCAAAGCAGCGAUCGCAGAGUUCCAUCUCCCAGAAGGAUUUGAAGUGAUUGUUGAACCCUGGCCUUACGGAGGACCAGAUCCAGAUGAAGAGAGUACAAGGUACUUCCAAGGCCUAUGCUUUGCCCAAGACACCCGUAAUGAAAACCCGGACUCGAAUUUCUAUGCUUAUCCCCUCCCUUUGAUCCCUGUCAUGGACUGCAAGACCCGGGAAGUCGUUCGCAUCGAUCGUCUUGCCACAGGUGGAAAAGAGGAUGGACUUGCAAAAGGAACACAUCUAAGUAAGGUUCUCGAGCAUUGCAAAGGUGCUGAGUAUGUGCCCGAACUUCUGGAGAACGGAACAAGAAAGGAUUUGAAGGCCCUGAAUGUUUCGCAGCCUGAUGGGCCGAGUUUUACGGUCACGGAUGAGAGUCUGAUCGAGUGGCAGAAGUGGAGAUUCAGGGUAGGGUUUAAUCAUAGGGAGGGUGCGACGAUUCAUGACGUUAGGUAUGAUGGAAGGAGUGUCAUGUACCGGUUGAGUAUAAGCGAGAUGACUGUUCCAUACGCAGAUGCUCGUGCACCAUUCCAACGGAAGCAAGCCUUCGACUUUGGAGACGGAGGCGCCGGUACUUGUGCCAACAACUUAGAGCUUGGAUGUGACUGCUUAGGCCAUAUCAAGUACUUUGACUCAACGAACACCACAUCCGACGGCACAACAUCCGUAAGCAGCAACGUCAUCUGCCUGCACGAAGAAGACAACGGCAUCGGCUGGAAACACACAAACUGGCGCACUGGCCGAGCAGUGGUGACUCGAAAUCGCGAGCUUGUCGUUCAGUUCAUCAUCACCCUCGCCAACUACGAAUACAUAUUCGCCUAUAAAUUCGACCAAGCCGGCGGCAUAACCAUCGAGACACGCGCCACAGGAAUCGUCUCCGUAGUCAACAUCGACCCCGGCAAAACCUCCGACUACGGCAACGUCGUCUCACCGGGUGCUCUCGCGCAAAACCACCAACACAUCUUCGCUGUGCGCAUAGAUCCUGCCGUCGAUGGCCCCAACAAUACCGUGAUAGUAGAAGAGUCACAUCCAGUCCCCUUCUCGCCCGAACGUAACCCAGCAGGCAAUUUCUACGAGAUCCAACAAACACCCAUCUUAACCUCGCAAGGACUAGACGCGGCGCCCCACCACAACCGCGUUGUCAAGAUCGUAAACAGAGCCCAGCGGAAUCCUAUCAGCGGCAAACCAGUGGGGUACAAAUUCAUCCCAUCGCCUACGCAAAAGCUCCUCGCUCAGUCGGGCAGUAUCCAAGCCCGAAGAGCACAAUUUACCAACCAUCAUGUGUGGGUGACGAAGUACAAAGAUGGCGAAUUGUUCGCGGGUGGCAGAUAUACGCUUCAGAGCCGAGACGAGGUGGACGGGGUCGCAGAUGCGGCGAAGCGGGGUGACGCUGUGGAGGAUACGGAUGUGGUUGUUUGGAACGUGUUUGGCUUGACUCACAAUCCUAGAGUAGAGGAUUGGCCGGUUAUGCCGGUGGAGAUCCACCAGCUGCAUAUUAAGCCUGCUGAUUUCUUUUCGGCGAAUCCGGCAAUUGAUGUUCCUUCCAACAAGAACCUUUCUUCUAAACUUGUCGAAAAGGAGUCUUGCUGUCAAGAACAAACACAUUAA